UAAACCGCUGCGGGUAAGAGGUCAGGCCGAUUUCCUAUGCCCCUCAGAGCGCCUAGCACUGCUACCUCACCGCAGCAUCCAGGGACAAUGUGACCCAUCUCCGGAUCACCUUCAGCCGCUAGUUGGGACUGUUCAAAGUGGAAAGCGGUGCCAGUGGAGUGCACCAGCUACGUCGCCUGGCUGCGGCAAAACAUCUCUGCACUUAGCAGCUGCACUGGGCGACCGUGUUUUUUGAGCCAUGCGACAGUGGUGCCUCCCGGCCGUGGCCCCACACACCGAACCGCUCCCUACGGGCCGACUGUCUCCUCCAAUCUCAGAUGCCAGGAUGGAGUGCUGUGAGGUGGAGCCACGCUACACCAUUGAGCAGAUUGACCUGCUCCAGCGCCUGCGCCUUUCAGGCAUGACCAAGCCGCAGAUCAUCCAGGCUCUGGACUCCCUGGAGCGGCUAGACUCAGACCAUCGCUCCCCUGGCCACACCGCCACCACCACAGUCGCCUCCACCUACAGUGACAGCCACCCCAUGGCCGCCACCGCUGCUGCUCCACCACAGAACGUGGUGUCCAACGCCCAGGUGGUGGCCUCGUCCUACUCUUCCUCCUCCUCCUCUUCCUCCCUCACCUCCGCCACGACGCAGACCCCUGUGAUCGAGGCGGCGCUGUCGCCUACCAACAGCUACGAGGCGUCGCCUCCGCCCCUCUACCCACCCAGCGGAGCGCAGCGCUCCUUCAGCUACGACCUUCCUGAAGAGGACUGGGACCUAGAGGAGAAGGUUGAGGAGUACAUGAGGAGAGACAGCAACCUGGUAAAGGAGGAAAUCAAGGCGUUCCUGAACAACAGGAGGAUCUCUCAGGCCAUCGUCGGACAGGUCACAGGUAUUAGCCAAAGCUACAUCUCCCAAUGGCUGCUGCAGCAGGGCUUGGAGAUGAGUGACUCCAAACGGAGGGCCUUCUACCGCUGGUACCUGCUCGAACGGAACAGCCCAGGAGGACUGAGGUGGAACGAAAGCCAGCACGCUCAGCAACAGCAGCAGCAGCAGCAGCAGCAGCAGGCCGCUAGGAGCAGGAGUGACGCCCCCUGGAGCAGGCAGAGGGAACUGCUGCUGCACCUGCUGCCCUGGUAUUCUGCUGCCCACCAGCAGGCCCAGACAGGUGCCACCCUCUCCAUGCGGUCCCUGGUGAAGGAGGAACCUGAUUGGAGGAUGGGUGGUAGCCCCGCAGACCGGGGCAUCAUGAGCGGGCCAUUCCGGCUGCGCAGGGGCAGCCGCUUCACCUGGAGGAAAGAGUGCCAGUCCAUCAUGGAGAGUUUCUUCAUGGAGAACCAGUACCCUGAUGAGGCCAAGAGAGAGGAGAUUGCCAACGCCUGCAACUCCGUCAUCCAGAAACCAGGCUGCAAGCUGUCGGAGUUUGAGCGCGUCACGGCACUGAAGGUGUACAACUGGUUCGCCAACCGCCGCAAGGAGAUGAAGAGACGCGCCAACAUUGAGGCAGCCAUUUUGGAGAGCCAUGGCAUAGAGGUGCCCAGCCCCAGCUGUCACUCAAACGGGGAGGAGGCCGAGCCACAGGAGUUUGGCGAGCAGGUGCCUCAGCGCUUUACUGAACAGGAGGAGUUGUCUGUGAGGAAGGACCCUGAGCAGGACGCUGGUCCCCUGGUGGCCAUGGAGGUGGCCCCCCUGCCCAGCCCCCCCACCUCCACCUCCACCUCCACCUCCCAGCUGGAGCAGAAGUUCGACCAGGAGUCCAAACGAGAAGCUGUGGACGAGGAGUGAGUCACUGGCCCGGUCGGAUCAUCUAGUAUAUAGAGGCCGCUUGUUCGUUCGUCCGCUCGACCGUUUUGCUCGACCACUCAUUCCAGGUGACUCCAGGCGGACCUCCUUUGUUUGUUUGGCUUGCGGUCCUUCUUUGGCACGGUGUGUCUCCUCUCCUUCCACCCCUGCAACAUACCUGCCAUGAAGGUCGCACCAAAAAAAAAAAAAAAAAACGAACUCUUGUGCCUCCCGCUCAGUGGUCCUGCCCCCACUCCACUCGAGGCCUCUGUGUGUAGCUACGGGAAAUACCAAUGCUUCUAGUACCGGCAAUAUUUAUCUCUAUCUCUUAUCGAUCUAUAUAUCGUGCAUUCCAAGGGGUCCUCUCUCUUAGACAGGAGGGACAAGAAGCUGACUUGGUGCAAACACACACCCACACACACACACACCCUAUAGUGUCUCCUCUUCUCCUCUCACACCUCUCUCGCUUUAUGGUAAAGCCUCAAUCCUCACACGCUCUCUGUCUUUUUCUCUAGCUCUCUCCUUUCUUCCUUCCUUCCUUCCUUCCUUCCUUGGUACAUUGCUUUCUUUCUUUACUGUAAAACCUCACAUGCUCUUUCUCUCUCUCUCUCUCUCUCUCUCUCUCUCUCUCUCUCUCUCUCUCUCUCUCUCUCUCUCUCUCUCUCCCUUCCUUCCUUCCUCAGUACAUUUCUCUCUUCACGGUAAAGCCUCUCUCUUUUGCUCUUUCUCUCUCCCCCCCACCCCCUUCCUUCCUCAGUACACUGACUCUCACUGUUCAUAUGGGUUAGCGGUGCAAGCUUACUGCAGAUGGACUAAUAAUGCUUAAGGGAUCAUUUAUAGUCCAGGUCACAAGUGUCUCCCCUCAAACUCAGCAUUGUUGUCAAUCUCUUCACAUGUCUUGCUUGUAGACAUGCAAAGGAAUCCAAAUUAUGUUUCUCACAAUCCCGUGUGUACUGUGUCCCGGUAGGCAAUGCAAACCACUCCCCAGUAGUCCUUUUAAAAAACAAUGGGAGACUGACCUCUAACCAAUUUUACCCAAAAUGGGAAAAGGUAUUUCUUCUUUUACAACUCUACUAAACAAACGAACAAAACAAAACACACACACACACACACACACACACACACACAUCUCACGAUAUCAUGCUGCUUAAUAUUUUUAUACGUAGUUCUUAUAGUUCUUUAUAGUCAUUCAAAAAAAACAACUCAAAAAGCAAAUCAUGUGUUUUCUAGUUCAAGUUCUAGUGUCUGAACUGUGAGUUGCUUAUCUAUCAGUAUGCGAGUGGCAGUUUUGAAUCGAUUCCUGAAAAUGUGCUACUCAGCAGUUCCCCAAGCAUAGUGUUUUUGCCCUGUGAGUUGGUCUAGCCCUGGUCACAUCCUGUAAGGUUGCUACAACAGGUAGUUACUAUAUAGUCACAUGGUCUAUCAAACAGCUUCCUUGGCGGAGGUCUGCACUCUCAGAGUGCAUUCUAGUUAGGACUAAAAUGUUCAUGUUAGUCUGGCUCGCCAGGCUAGUACGGUAUUUCACAUCAUGUUUAAUCAAGCGACACUUGUGACCCGGACUAUACCUUGGCCAAGACUGAAUAAAGAUUUGAGCUGAAAACCUGCAGGACAGGAGUAUGCCUCGGAUAUAAUAGAUGGAAUGGCCAUGUUACAUGCAGUAUAAUCGCUACAGUACACUGGGCUUCUCAACGUAUUCCUCUCAGUGUUGUGGUGAUAGCAGGGUGGGUAGCAGGAUCUUACUUUGCCCUAACAUGAUGAUGAGCAACAACUCAGGAAAUCUUGGGCAGAAAAUGAGAGCAAAAACAAAAAAUAAUUGAAAAAUAAAAGGUAAAAAUAAAUAUGUAAAUGCAUUUAAUAGUUUUAACAAGUGGGUUCUCGACUCUUACAGCCACGGUGGCUUUCUUCUGAGAGUGUAUGGACACUGAGUUGGUGUGCCAUAUUGCGUUAUAUGUUAUAUUUUAUGUUAUUUUUUUAUAUAUCUAUCUUUUUAAGUUGGAGUGCUUUCUAGAAUUGUGCAUGAUCAAGCUUGUGCUGCCAAAAAGGCAUCGCAUUUCAUGCCGUUUCCUUUCUUAUUAUUCUUUUAUUUUUAUUUCCUUAGUAGAAAACUACACACAGCCCUCUCAGGGCUCUAAAAUGACUGGGUAAUUAUAAAAAACAAUACAACUGUAUUUUUGUUU